AUGUUUGUCAAGAUGCCGCAUGAGUUCACUGGCAAGAACGAGCGGUUCAAGAUCUCGGUUACUAUCAAUGGCGACUGGGCUGAGACGAUGUUUUACAACAUGCUUUCCGGCAAGCUGCCAGUAAAGACUCCUCGUAUCUUCUUCGCGGACAUGAACCGCCGGACAACGAACUUUAUUUGGGUCAUGGAGAGAAUACCGUAUGGCAGUGACUCGAAGAAGUCCUACGGUCCGGACGAAAUUCUCCCCCCAGCAGGAAAGUACCGGGACUGGAUGCUGAAGGAUGCAUGUGAGAUGUACUAUGCCCACAGCCGGGCUUUGGCGCGAUUCUUUGGCUGGUUCUACCACACCAACCAGACUACCAGUCAAGUUGCGGAGUGUUUCGCACAGCCAGAGGCGCUGAAGACUAUGCAUGAGAUUUUCGCCAACGUGCGGCCACUGAAUCAAAAAGCAAGGGAUGCCUUCUAUGUCAAGUGUUUGGCUGACCCGAAGAUGGCGCCCGUUGUGGCUAGUCUGGGACUGGCGCCUGCGGCAGCCGAGUCCUUCCUAGCCAUGGCUGAGUCCUUCAUCAGGAACGUUGCGACGCACUGCUUCCCGAAGAAGCUGGUAGAGGAAGCCACGUUGAAGCGGGCUCUCAAUGAGGCGAAAGAGAUAGCAAAAUACUCGCAGGAGAUCGCCUUCUACAUGCAGAUGAUCCCGGAGUACUACACUUUGGCCCAUCCCAAUGCGCAGAUCGACAAUGCCAUUUUCUGGAGAGAUGGCAACGGCAUCAUGGAGUGUGGCCUCAUAGAUUGGGGUGGCGCGAUGGUGGGAAUGCCGAUUCCAACCAUCCUCGCCGGCAGCUGGCUCGGUGCGGAACCCGACUUCAUGGACGAGCACGAGCAAAAACUGGUGAAGUGCUUCGCCAACGAGUACAAGGAGGUAACAGGCGUGAAUUUGGAUCCAGACCUCCUCUACAUGGACUACAAGCUUUCUCAGGCCUACUCCCUGCCGGGUGUCUGCGCGAACGUGCAGUGGUGCACGAGGUUGGCAACGAGAGAACAAUGGAAAGGCAUCAAGGACCGCUUCGACAAGCAGAUCGACGAUGUCUUCCUGAUGCGGUGCUACUACGUCCAAAUCGAGUUUGUGCUGGCCCUGCUCCGUUCAAGAAGUCCAUACCCGCUCUUCCUCGAGUUCAUGAAGCGCACCGGCAUGAAGAAGAAGUCCUAG